UGACCCCUCUUGCUUCUCUCUGACAGCUCAGAGCUCACUCUCCUCUCUCCAGCCAUGAUCUCCAGACAGCAGUGUGUCCGAGGCGGGUCCCAGGGCUUUAGCUGUGGCUCGGCCAUCGUCGGUGGGGGCAAGAGGGUUGCUUUCAGCUCGGCCUCCAUGUCUGGGGGUGCAGGCCGUUGCUCCUCUGGGGGCUUUGGCAGCAGGAGCCUCUACAACCUCGGGGGAAACAAGAGCAUCUCCAUGAGCAUGGCCGGAUGCCGGCAAAGUGGCGGCUUUGGGGCUGGGGGAGGUUUUGGGGCUGGUGGCUUUGGUGCUGGUUUCGGCGCUGGCAGCUUUGGUGGUGGAUUCGGAGGCUCGUUUGGUGGACGGGGUGGUCCUGGCUUCCCUGUCUGCCCCGCUGGGGGGAUUCAGGAGGUCACCAUCAAUCAGAGCCUGCUGACCCCACUCCAUGUGGAGAUCGACCCCGAGAUCCAGAAGGUCCGGACUGAGGAGCGAGAGCAGAUCAAGACCCUCAACAAC